AUGUGGGUAUUCGGCUACGGCUCAAUCGUGUGGAAGACCGACUUCCCGGCCGAAGACACGCUGUUUGGCUACGUCGAAGGCUGGCACCGCCGCUUCUGGCAGGGCAGCCCCGACCACCGCGGCUCGCCCGAGGCCAAGGGCCGCGUCGUGACGCUCAUUAGCCGCGAGCAGAUGAAGAAGUUUGACGACGAGUACGCGCACCUGGCGGGCGACCACAUCACGUGGGGCCGUCUGUACAAAGUGCCGCUCGAGGAGGUGCAGGACACGCUCGUGAAGCUCGACAACCGGGAACAGGCCGGCUACGACCGCCAGAUGGUCGACGUCCACUGCGUCGACGGCGUCGUGCGCCAGGCGCUCGUGUACAUUGCCACGCCUAGUAACGUGGACUUUGUGGGCCCGUCGUCGGUGGACGCCAUGGCCAAGGAGAUUGCCACGUGUCGGGGCUUCAGCGGCCCGAACUUUGAGUACCUCUUUAGGCUCUGCGACUGCAUGCGGGCGCUCAAGGUCUACGAUCCGCAUUUGUUUGCGCUGGAGAAGGCCACGCGGAAGUACACGACGGCCAUGAAGUGGACGACCGGUCGGACGGAGUGUGGCGUACAGUGA